GAACGGAAUUAGCGUCGCAAAGAGCGCGCAUCCUGUUUCCAGACUGGGAAGAUAUCUACACGAAGACCAAUUUGAACUUUCGUUCAAUCAGUUCUUCUCAGGUGCUCAACGGAUCUAUUAUCCGACUCAAUUUGGGUCAAUCGAUUAAUGGACAGUUCGUUCCUGGAAGCGAUUGAGAGAAGUCUCAAAGAAAUCAUCUCCCGAUCUUAAAGAGAGUUAUUCUUCCCACAUGACUUUACUGACGAACAUGAGGCGCCACAGUAUGCGCGUGCAGCAUCACCUGCACAGGUGGAGCAUUUGUGCGACGGAUGCAGGACAGCUGCUGGGUGAUGCCCUUACGACCCCCGACGUCGCUAUAUCCCGUUCCAACUUGUGCUCGCACUCAACCGAAAGCUGCACGUCGUCGUCUUCAGAUUCGGCUCUCUCCAGUGAGUCUGCGCAUCCUUCGGCUCUCGGACCCUUUACUGUUGUCCUGCUCGGAGACAACGGCGUUGGGAAAUCAGCGCUCGCGAGCAUAUUUGCGGGAGCGUCAGACAGUAUGGGGAGCGAAUGCGAGUUAUAUGGAGGUGAAGUAUUUGAGCAGACAAUAAUGGUGGACGGUGACAGAGCCACGGUUACGUUGCUCGACACGUGGGAUUCGCAGGACGAGGGCAGGUGGACGCAGGAGAGGUGUCUGCAGACAGGAGACGCUUUCAUUAUUGUCUAUUCAAUAACGGACCGAUCAAGUUUCCUUCGCGCCUCUGAUCUGCGCAUUCAGCUGCGGCGCGAGCGCCAGGGAGACCACACGCCCAUCGCUCUCGUCGGCAAUAAAUGCGACCUGGUGCGUUGCCGAGAAGUGUCCAUUAGUGAGGGUCGCGCCUGUGCGUCGUUUUUCGACUGUAAAUUUAUUGAAACAUCAGCUGCGAUGCAGCACAACGUCUGGCCUUUGUUUGACGGCAUCAUCCGUCAGCUGCGUCUGCGCAGAGACUCUGUGGAGACCCCCAGCGCGCGUCAUUGCGUCCACAAGCGACGCGAGAGCUUACCGAAAAAAGCAAAGCGUUACAUUGACAAAAUGAUUGCGAAGAAGAACAAGCAAGCAACGUUAAAGAUCAAGUCCAAAUCAUGUCAUGACCUGUCUGUACUGUAGUGCUGUACUGUAUAAUGUUUGUUCUUAAUUGUAAUAUUGUAUGAGGUUCUAUUGAAAUAUUGAAGUGUUUUACGCCUGGUGUGAGUGCAACCGUGUGAAUGGGAUUUUAAAGAAGUCAUAUAUGUCUAUAUUAGACUGUGCAGUAGAAAAACAGGCCUUUUGUUCCCUCUGUGAAGGACAGUAUAGCCUACACUAUAAAGGCCAUGGAAAAAUACACGUCCAUUAUUGUGUGAAUCCAAACUGCUCCUUUCAAUUUUGUUGGUCUAUUAUCUUUUUUGUAACCUUGUUGUACCUUGUGUGUGAAAAUAAUUCCCUUCAU